GUGGUAUGCUCCAAAAGACGGUGUCAGGAGAUAAAAAGCCCAUGUUUCGACUUGAGCCACUUUCUGGAAUCUGGGUGAUUUUAUUCAGCUGUAUACAAAGCCCAAUUCUUGUUGCUCCAAAACAAGGCUUUUCCCCUUUUCCACUAAUACCCAUUCUCACUUCCCGCAAAAAUUUCUCCCCCUCAAAUUUCCAAACCCUUCUCUCCUCCCUCCUUUAACAAUCUUCCUCCCACCCCUGCAUUUAAUUUUUUUCUCCUUUUCUCCGAUUCAGAUCCUCAUACUCAUCCUCAAUUUAUCACACACACACACACACACACUCGAAGCUAAAAUACACACAUGCAACAUCAUCCCAGCCAUAAUCAUCACUUACGAAAUCUCGAAAAAUCGAAAGAUUAUUACUUCUAAUUAAUCUUAUUGAUUACACAAUGCGAUGAAGAGCAAAUGUCGUCGUCAAGUCCGCCUUCAGAGAAUCUCCAGCCGGAUAAUAAUUCAAAUUCCGAUCCAAAUUCAAAUUCAAAUUCUAGGUUAACAGCGUCCUCGUCGAUCGUGAAGCUGAGGAAAAUCCCGCCAAUUCCGAUACGACAGAGUCAGCAAGAUACGUCUUCUGAUUAUUCGGAAUGUAGCGAUGAGGAUGAAAAUGAUGAUGAGGAUCCUGUCAUUGUCCAGGCUUCUGCUCUUGGUCUUAAUCAUAUUCGGACUCGAUCUGAUCCGUCUCGUCUGCGGUUUGCUUCGACGUUGGAUCGUAAAAAUUCUAAUCUCACCAAACCUGAGUUGCCGAAGGAUGCGCAUAAAGUCUCUAUUCCUCUGCAGCAUGCUAUUACCUUGGAACCAGGCUUGAAAGUGCAAUGGGGUCACUCGAAACCCUCCAGAAUCACGACUUCAAUCAAUCCUAGUAGCGACGGUCAUCAUGCAGCUCUUGCCAAGGAGAUUCAAUCUCCACGAUUCCAGGCUAUAUUGCGUGUUACUAGUGGUCGCUAUAGAAAAGCACCUGAUAUCAAGAGUUUUUCACAUGAACUUAAUUCCAAAGGCGUCCGGCCUCUUCCAUUCUGGAGAUCUCGUGCAUUUGGCCGCAUGGAGGAAAUUAUGGUGUUGAUGAGGUCUAAAUUUAAUAAGCUAAAGGAAGAAGUUAACUCUGAUUUGGGUAUAUAUGCCGGGGAUUUGGUUGAUAUACUUGAGAAAACCUCAGAAUCUCACCCAGAAUGGAAAGAUAGUUUAGAAGAUCUUUUGAUUAUGGCCAGACGAUGUGCAAAAAUGUCAUCCACUGAGUUUUGGACAAAGUGUGAGCGUAUUGUUCAAAAUCUAGAUGAUCGUCGUCAAGAACUGCCAAUGGGCACCCUGAAGCAGUUACAUACUCGCCUGUUAUUUAUUCUUACUCGAUGCACAAGGCUUGUACAGUUCCACAAGGAGUGUGGCUAUGAAGAAGACCAUGCUACGGGUUUACACCAACUUAGUGACCUUGGAGUGUACUCUGAACAAAUCAAUAAUGCGCUUUCAAACCAGGAAUUCCAUAGUCAUUUUGGCGGAAAGGAGGCAAAACAUGGACACUCCCGGAAGCACCGUGGCAAUGGCAGAAAGAAUUUGGCUAAUAGUCGGAAUCAAUCUAACGAAAGUUUAGAGGCCAGGGCUGACGCUGAUGAGGUCAGCACAGCCAAAAGUGGUGCCUCAUCAACAGGCAGCUUUAAAAUGUCAUCCUGGAAGAAGCUUCCAUCACAAGCUGAGAAGAACCGGAAAGGCAUGGAGACCGCUGAUAUCUCUCCUAAGGACAAAUCAGAUGGUGUGCAAGUAAAACAUGAAACAAAAAGGGUUGAUGUUAACAUUGGGACCUCAACAUCAGUCUUAGGCACUUCUGAUCAAUCGGAGACACCCUUGAAAGUACAAAGAGUUACUUGGGGGACUGCAGGAGAUCAUCAUCAUGUAACAUACGAUCAUUCAUUGAUCUGUCGUAUAUGUGAGGUUGAAAUACCUACCAUACAUGUUGAAGAGCACUCUAGAAUAUGUACAAUUGCUGACAGAUGUGAUUUAAAAGGGUUAACAGUAAAUGAACGACUUGAAAGAGUUGCUGAAACUCUUGAAAGGAUUCUUGAGACCUGGACUCCUAAAGGCAGCGACUCUACGGCAGGAAGUCCUGAGGUCUCGAGAGUGUCUACGUCAAGUGCAUCUGAAGAGUUAGAUGAUUAUUCCCCUAAACGGCAAAAUUUAUCCCGUCGAUUUUCAGAGGACAUGCUCAACUGUGUUCCUGAAGCUGAUACUACAUUUUCUUACAGUCUCAACGUGCCAUCAGACGUGUCAUGUGAUUCGCGUGGACUUUUAACACCUAAGAAAGCCUCGUCACAUGGUAGCUUGACACCUAGAUCACCUUUGCUAACCCCGCGAACAAACCAAAUCGAAUUGUUAUUGAGUGGUUGGAGAACCAUAGCUGAGCAUGAAAGCUAUGAUCAGAUUAAUAGGCUAAUGGAAAUUGCUCGAUCUAUAGCUGUUGUAAACACACAUGAGUACAGUGCGCUGGAGUAUAUGCUUGAUCGUCUGGAAGACCUCAAAUACUCCAUACAGGACAGAAAGGUGGAUGCCCUUGUUGUUGAAACUUUCGGGCGACGCAUAGAAAAACUACUGCAGGAGAAAUACGUACAUCUUUGUGCGCAGAUUGAAGAUGAAAAGGUAGAAUCAUCAAAUAAUGCAGUUGAUGAAGAUAGUUCAUUGGAAGAUGACGUGGUUCGCAGUUUGCAUGCAAGUCCUAUGAAUCCAUAUAAUAAGGAUCGAACAUCUAUUGAAGAUUUUGAAAUUUUAAAGCCAAUUAGCAGGGGUGCUUUCGGACGAGUUUUUCUAGCCAGGAAAAGAGCAACGGGUGAUCUAUUUGCUAUCAAGGUUCUAAAAAAGGCUGAUAUGAUUCGUAAAAAUGCAGUUGAAAGCAUUUUGGCUGAACGUGAUAUCCUAAUUUCAGUUCGAAAUCCAUUUGUGGUCCGGUUCUUUUAUUCUUUCACAGGUCGAGAUAAUCUUUAUCUGGUCAUGGAGUACCUAAAUGGAGGAGAUCUUUACUCUCUGCUCAAAAAUCUUGGCUGCUUAGAAGAAGAUAUGGCACGUGUAUACAUUGCCGAACUUGUUCUUGCUUUAGAGUAUUUGCAUUCUUUAAAUGUGAUUCACAGAGACCUGAAGCCAGACAAUUUGUUGAUCGGUCCAGAUGGCCAUAUCAAGUUGACAGAUUUUGGACUCUCCAAGGUUGGUCUUAUUAACAGCACAGAUGACUUAUCAUCUCCACCAGUAAGUGCUCCUACCCCUCAUGAUGAAUCUGAAACAGAUGCACAGUCAUCAAUAAGAAAAGAACAGCACCAAAAGCAUUCAGUUGUUGGCACCCCCGACUAUUUGGCACCUGAGAUACUUCUUGGCAUGGGACAUGGUGCAACAGCAGAUUGGUGGUCAGUAGGGGUUAUUCUUUUCGAGCUUCUUGUUGGCAUUCCUCCUUUUAAUGCAGAUCAUCCACAGAAAAUUUUUGACAACAUCAUGAACGGAGACAUACCCUGGCCCAAAGUUCCAGAGGAAAUGAGCUCUGAAGCAUUUGAUUUGAUUGACAAGUUGCUGAUUGACAAUCCAGUUCAAAGAUUAGGCGCAACUGGAGCAAGAGAGGUUAAAAAUCAUCCGUUUUUUAAAGAUAUCAAUUGGGACACACUUGCAAGGCAAAAGGCUACAUUCGUACCAACAGCUGAAGCACUUGACACGAGUUAUUUCAUGAGCCGUUAUAUUUGGAAUCCGGAAGAUGAACAUCUCCAUGGAGGUAGCGACUUUGAUGAUAUGACUGAUACAGGCAGUGUUUCUUGUAGCAGCAGUUCGUACAGCAACAUGCAGGAUGAAGAUGGGGAUGAGUUUGGCAAUUUGGCAGAGUUCGGUGGUCCAUCUCUUGACGUGAAGUACUCAUUCAGUAAUUUUUCAUUCAAGAACUUGUCUCAGCUUGCUUCUAUCAACUAUGAUUUACUUAUCAAGAGCGCUAAAGAAUCCAUAGAAGCAUCAAAAUCAGCCGGUCCUUGACAAAAUGCCGCGUUUUCAGCAAUGUCAUCCUAAUCUCUCAGCCGAG